UUAGAUUUUUGUACUAUAAAAAGGGAUUCCAAUUCCACUACAAACUCCAUCAUUCAUUUGAUUCCAUUCAUCCAUCCAUUCAUCAAAAACAAAACAAAAAAAAAACCCAGAUUUUUAUUUUUCUUUCAUUUGAUUCCAUUCAUCCAUUCUACUAAGUCUUACAGAAGAGAAGAUUUCUUGAGAAUUUCACAAUCAGUCAUGGCAGAACCUGUUUUGCAACGUGUUCAUAGUCUCCGAGAGCGAUUCGAUGACAGUCUAUCGUCUUACCGUAACGAAUUGUUAGCUUUUCUUGGAAGGAUUGAGAGCCAGGGGAAGGGAAUUUUGCAGCCCCAUCAACUUUUAGCUGAAUUUGAAGCAGUAUUCGCAGGGAACAACAAGAAACUAGCAGAUAGUGUAUUCGGCGAAAUCUUACGGUCUGCUCAGGAAGCGAUUGUUUUACCUCCAUGGAUUGCACUUGCUGUUCGUCCAAGGCCUGGUGUCUGGGAAUACAUACGCGUCAAUGUGGACGCAUUGGCUACUGAGGAGCUGACUGCUUCCGAGUAUCUGCAGUUCAAAGAACACCUUGUCAAUGGAAGGACUGAUGAGAACUUCAUGCUUGAGUUGGACUUUGAGCCAUUCAAUGCUUCGUUUCCUCGCCCCACGCUUUCAAAAUCAAUUGGCAACGGUGUGGAGUUUCUUAACCGCUUCCUUUCUGCGAAAAUGUUUCAUGACAAAGAUAGCAUGCAGCCAUUGCUUGAUUUUCUCAAAGCACAUAACUACAAUGGAAAGACAAUGAUGCUGAACGACAGAAUUCAAAACCUCAAUGGCCUAGAAUCGGUUCUAAGGAAGGCCGAUGACUAUCUGUCAGCUCUACCACCAACAACUCCAUAUGCGGAGUUUGAUCACAAAUUUCAGGAGAUUGGUUUGGAGAAGGGUUGGGGGGAUACCGCUGAGCGUGUGCUUGAGAUGAUUCGUUUACUGUUAGAUCUUCUCGAGGCACCUGACUCAGGUACCUUGGAGAACUUCCUUGGAAGAGUUCCAAUGGUUUUCAACGUCGUAAUUCUGUCUCCGCAUGGAUACUUUGCGCAGAAUGAUGUCCUUGGUUAUCCUGACACUGGUGGCCAGGUUGUUUACAUUUUGGAUCAAGUUAAAGCCUUGGAAGGCGAGAUGCUGAAGCGCAUUAAGCAGCAAGGACUUGACAUCACACCUAGAAUUCUCAUUGUUACCCGACUGCUACCUGACGCAGUUGGAACUACUUGCGGGCAGCGCCUUGAAAAGGUCUUUGGGACAGAACACUCUCACAUUCUUCGAGUUCCCUUCAAAAAUGAAAAUGGGAUUCUACGCAAGUGGAUCUCAAGGUUUGAAGUGUGGCCUUACUUGGAGCAAUACACUGAGGAUGUUGCAAAAGAACUUGCCGCGGAACUGAAGGGAAAGCCGGAUCUGAUAGUUGGUAACUACAGUGAUGGAAAUCUUGUUGCAUCUCUGCUUGCACACAAAUUAGGAGUCACUCAGUGUACAAUUGCUCAUGCUCUUGAGAAAACAAAAUACCCUGACUCUGAUCUAUACUGGAAAAAGUUCGACGACAAGUACCAUUUCUCAUGCCAGUUCACAGCUGAUCUAUAUGCCAUGAACCAUACAGAUUUUAUCAUCACUAGUACUUUUCAGGAAAUUGCUGGAAGCAAGGACACUGUCGGACAGUAUGAAAGUCACACGGCUUUUACUCUACCCGGACUCUACCGCGUUGUCCAUGGCAUUGAUGUUUUUGACCCCAAGUUUAACAUUGUCUCACCUGGAGCGGAUAUGGAUGUCUACUUUCCCUAUACUGAAACGGAAAAGAGACUCACUGCUUUUCACCCAGAGAUUGAGGAGCUACUUUACAGCGAAACCCAGAACAAAGAACACAUUGGUGUGUUGAAGGACCGUUCCAAGCCAAUCAUAUUCUCAAUGGCUAGACUUGAUCGCGUGAAGAACAUAACCGGACUGGUUGAGUUUUAUGGUAAGAACGCAAAACUGAGAGAGUUGGUGAACCUGGUUGUGGUUGCUGGAGAUCGAAGAAAGGACUCGAAGGACUUGGAAGAGCAGGCGGAAAUGAAAACCAUGUAUGAACUGAUUGAGACAUACAAAUUAGAUGGAGAUUUCCGUUGGAUUUCCUCGCAGAUGAACAGGGUUCGAAACGGUGAACUCUACCGUUACAUAGCUGACAGUAAGGGUGCUUUUGUUCAGCCUGCAUUUUAUGAAGCUUUUGGGCUCACAGUUGUUGAAGCCAUGACUUGUGGUUUACCCACAUUUGCAACUCUUCAUGGUGGUCCGGCUGAAAUCAUUGUUCAUGGAAAAUCCGGUUUCCACAUUGACCCAUACCACGGUGACAAAGCUGCUGAGCUUCUUGUCAGUUUCUUCGAGAAGUGCAAGAGUGACCCGUCUCACUGGGACAUUGUCUCAGGGGAAGGCCUCAAGCGCAUUUACGAGAAGUAUACAUGGCAGAUUUACUCUGAAAGGCUCAUGACACUGUCUGGAGUUUAUGGAUUCUGGAAGUAUGUCUCAAACCUUGAACGUCGUGAGACUCGCCGUUAUCUUGAGAUGUUCUAUGCUCUCAAGUAUCGCACCUUGGCAUUGGGAGUUCCUCGUGCCUCUGACGAGUAAAACUUAAAGUGUGAAGAUUGAAGCUAGGAAACAUGUUUUUAUACGGAAUAAGUUUCAUCGAUUUAGAUGGCAACUGCUACAAGACGUUUUCUGGUUUUUUACUCGGCUGCGAUUUGAUUGGGUAUGAUCCCUUAUUAUAUGUCAUUUGAAGAACUGGUUAUUGUUUGGAUUUUUGUUUUCUAGAAUUGUAGUUAAAAGUAGAAUGUACUUAGGUCUAAAAUUCUGAAUAAAAGCUCCACUUUUUCAUGUUCA